UUACGGUUGGACGCGGACUCAAACUCCUAGACUGGCGUUGCCUUGCCAAAGUUACAGAAGUAGAGAAUCAAGUGAAACCCCAAUAGAGAGAAUCAAGUAGAGAGAGAGAGACAUGGGUGUGAGCUUGGAAAGAGAGAAAGUGAUACUGGUGCCAUACAUGAAACAACAUGUUCCUAAAUACCAUCAAUGGAUGCAAGAUCCCGCCCUUCUCUUUGCUACCGGGUCGGAGCCCCUAACUCUUGAUCAGGAGUAUGACAUGCAGCUUACUUGGACCCAAGACCCACUCAAGUGCACUUUCAUUGUUUUGGAUAAGCAGAUGAUUGUGGGGGAAUUUCUACAUGGCCAACCCCAUAUUGAAGCCAUGGUGGGUGAUGUUAAUUUAUAUAUGAAUGAUCCCGAGGACCCUCUAUUUGCGGAGAUUGAGAUUAUGAUAGCUGAGCCUAAAAGUCGUGGCAAAGGACUAGGAAAGGAAGCAGUGAUCAUGAUGAUGGCUUUUGCUACUGAGAACCUUGGGAUCCACACAUUCCGUGCUAAGAUUGGAGAAUCAAAUCAAGGAUCACUUGCUUUGUUCCACAAAUUGGGUUUCCAGGACUCCUCGUUCAGUGAAGCUUUUAAAGAGUGGACGUUGGAGUUGCCAGUAACAAAGACCAAGAGAGAUGAGUGGCAGCAUUAUGUCAGUAAUAUGGUCACUCAUUCCUAGCUUUUCUGUCUUGAUUGGCUACAUUCUUCUGAAUGACAGAGGAAAAUGCUGAACAUGAGAUGGUCUCUCAAGCUUUACUUGGGAAAGACCCUGAAUAAUCAAUGACAUAAAUGCGGUGAUGAAUGUUUCUUGCUGAUAAGUAAGUGUCAUUUUCAUACUAUCUCAAUCAUGUAAUCCACAAUCAGAAGUUGCUUGACUACUCAUUGAAUCUCUCAAACAUCUGUAGAAACUGAUAAAUGAGGAAUAGUAAUACAGUUUCAAACUUUUUUUCAUA